AUGUCGGCGGAGGAGUGCACCCCCUGCCGACUGCAAGUGGACUGGUGGAUUGUACGACGCAGUCGUCGUCAGCCGAGUCGCCGCAAACUGCCACCGCAGAUAAGCAGAGAAGACGGGGACGCAGGCGUGCAACCAAUAACGAGCGACCGAACUCCAACGAGAGCCGCGCAGCGACAGCGAUCGAGCCUGGAUUCCCAGCGCCUACUGCCCUUGCGCUCAUUCCGUCGUCGCCGGGGCCACCAGCUUCGUCGUUCAACACCAGAUCGUGUGCCCGAGUUGCUGCUGCCACACGCGCCCCCAACAGUGCUGUAA